AUGGCCUCUUCUACUUCGUCCUCGUCAAUACGCAAAUCCACCACCUCUGCCUCCUCUCUUUUCACCUCCGAAUCCACCUCCGCAGAGCCUCUCUACCAAGUGAAGUUACUCAACGCUCUCCGGACGGGUGACCCCGCUCUCAUUCAUCCCUUUCUCGCGGAAAUCGGAAAGGAGAAGCGGAAAUCUGCCGACCAGCGGAAUGGGUCAGGCAAUACACUGAGUCGGGGGAGCAGCGAGAACGAUCCGAAUAGUAUUGAUACCGGCGCUGCUGCCCUCCACCUAGCAAUUCGAUGCGCCUCCCUUGAAACUGUGACGCUCUUGCUAUCCCACCGAGCCAUAUCCCCCGUUGGCGUUCACCCACCAGGGACUGGGACAACAGCACUGCAUCUCGCUGCCGCUCUCGGCCGUGCUGACGUCGUAGACCGUUUGUUGGAGCAGGAGACUGUCGAUGAUACCCUCCAAGAUCGAGAAGGGCGAACCGCGCGCGAUGUAGCUCGAGGAAAGGAUGUUAUUCGUGUCUUCGAUGACUCCCGGACCUUCUUGAAUGCGUCAUAUCGCAGCCUGUUACGCUCAUAUAUUCUCUCGCCCAUGCCGUCGGCAUCUUUCUCUUCCAGUCCAAACCCGCAAGCAGCUGUUGGCCCGCCGCCUGCUCUGAUUUCGAUGCUAUCUUCGCCCAGAGCAGCACAUCUUGACUUGUCAUAUAUUGACGACGCAAGCGGGCGGACAUUGCUACAUGAAGCUGCUCGGCGACGUGACCUUCGUCUGCUUGAACUAGCAGUUAGAGCUGGUGCAGAUGUGUUUGUCCGGGAUCGACGAGGAAAACUACCUGGUGAAGAGAGUAGUGGUGAUGGGAGGAGCGGUGCUAGAGGCGGAAAGGGAAAUGGAGAUGUGAAGGCAUUCCUUCGACAACUGACCAACCAGGAUGCUGCCUUGAUACGCUCAGAGCAACAAAGCGCACCGAUUCAUGCGCCAUCGAUGCGAGGGUUCCUGAAUAAAUAUACGAAUGUCGCGAAAGGAUAUAAUACCCGUUGGUUCGUGCUCGAGAACGGUGUUUUGAGUUAUUACCGUCACCAAGAAGAUGAGGUGUUUGCUAGUCGCGGCUCCAUUGCUGUCGUCAAUUGUGUGCUCAAGCCUCCAUCCGGUACCGAUCGCUUGCGGUUUGAGAUCCAUUCAGGAUCCGGCAAAGGCGGGGAGAAAUGGUACCUUAAAGCCAACCAUCCCAUCGAGGCUGGGCGGUGGGUUUCUGCCGUUGCCGCAAGUGUUGCUUGGGCAAAAGCACGUGCCGGAGAGGAUUCCGAGAGCAUCGACGGGCGUCCUUCAAAUGCUGGUGUUAUGGGAAGCGGGGCAAGCAUCAUGAGCAACAGCAGUGCUGGAAGUCGUACACGAGUUGUCAGCGUUCUACGGCGCAGCGGUACAGGCACCAUGUCGUCUGCGACAGGGUCACGACCAAGCCGCUCUCACACCGGUGAAGCUGAUUCGCUGACGAGCGAGCCUGGAGGCAGGACCAGUGGAGAAGGGAGCCCUAAACUUGGCGAAUCAGAUGCCGAAAGGGAUGGCGAUGUUGAAGAAGAGCCUUCAGAUGACGAUGAAGACCCGGACUCAUCGGCCAGCGUUUCCCUGAACGGAAAACGGGGAGUUGCGGCCCCACAUGAAGAUACCUUCGAAUUGCUUGGAAACAGCGCAACAACACAACUGGAACUGAUUCUUGGUCUCGUAGGAGGAAACACCGGGGCCCAAGAUGCUUUACGUGAUGCAUUGUCCACUGUGACGGAGUUCGUGGCCGUCGCAAAAGAGCGGGACGCUUGGUGGCGGAAGAAGCUUGCUCGUUCACGAGCCAAAGCAACUGCAUGGGAAAACAGUCUUGCGAGCUCUGUGCGAGAGGCUGAAACACUCGAACAAGAGCUGAGAUUACGCAGUCGAAAACGGGGAAGUCGAUUCUUCGAUGCCAAUGAAGUCCAGGCAGCUCUCGCAGGAGGAUCGACGGGCGGAACACUCAAAGCAAGACAAAAACGAAUGAGCAUGUUAGCGACAACAGUGGCAGAAGAUGAUCGCCUUGUGGAAUCGCCACCAGCCCACAAGCAAGAAUUUGAUAGCCCAUUCCAAGAGCCAGCUGCUGUAGCUGUCCGGCAACCAACCGCACCGCUUGUUGUUGCGUCUCCGCCACCAUUUCCUCCUGUGCGAUCUUCCACAGCUGAGACACUAUCACCGGCGACAGCGACAGCUUCAACCUUUGGCCAGCGCGGCUAUGUCAAUCAUGCCGAUACGGAGUCGAUGAUCGACACUGACGAGGAGGAUGAAUUCUUCGACGCGAUCGAAUCGAAUACCAUUCCAAAUCUGGUGGUCGCGGAUGGUCUCAAGAGCCCCGCGCACUCAGAAAUGGAGUUGCCCAAUUCCAUCAACGUCAAGCCGUACGAGGGCUAUAAGCAAUUGCGAGAAAAGCUUCUUUUGACCAACGAACGGCCCAGUACGAGUCUGUGGAGUGUGUUGAAGCAUAGCAUAGGGAAGGAUUUGACCAAAAUCAGUUUCCCUGUGUUCUUCAAUGAACCUACGAGUAUGCUUCAGCGAAUGGCCGAGGACAUGGAAUUCUCAGAGUGUCUUGAUGUUGCGGCGAAGGAACGCGAUCCUCAUCGCCGAAUAGCGUUUCCCUUCAAUCCCAUGCUUAGCGAAACCUUCGAAUAUGUGCGGAUUGACAAAGAGUACCGGUACCUUUCGGAGCAAGUCAGCCACCACCCGCCCAUAUCUGCUUGCAUGGCCGAAUCGCCGUACUGGCGGUACUUUGGCGAGGUUGAUGCCCAGAACAAAUUCAUGGGCAAAUCAUUUGAGAUUCGCCCGACGGGAAGGGCGCAUGCGGAACUCUUGUUGCCAAAAGAAUUUGCUCCCUCUUAUCCGCGAGGACAGGCGCCAUUUGAGAGCAAGGUCAAGGAGCACUUCUCGUGGAAAAAGGUGACGACAAACGUCUCUGGCUUUAUUCUUGGUGCCCCUACCAUUGACCACUAUGGCGACAUGACUAUCACCAAUCAUCGCACCGGGGACACUUGCGUGCUAACGUUCAAGCCGCGGGGCUGGCGAGGAAAAGAUGCUUUCGAGAUCUCUGGGUAUGUCCAGGAUGCGCGUGGGCAGGUGACCUACGAGAUUGCUGGCCGCUGGAACUCGCAACUUAUCGCGCGGCAAGUCGGUGCGGGUACUGGCGCACUCAACCCUGAUCUCACUGUUGGUGGGCAAAUCAACUCGCCCUCAUCGACCCCGGAGUACAUUCUCCUAUGGAGAAAUUCAGACAAGCCUGUUGGAUCGCCAUUCAACCUGACUCCGUUCGCUAUCACGCUGAAUAACUGCCCUAAAGACACGCUCAAGCCAUACUUGUGUCCGACAGACUGCCGGCUGCGGCCCGACCAGCGGGCGUUUGAGAUGGGCGAGUACGAGACUGCGAACGGGCUGAAGAACGACCAGGAGGAGUUCCAGCGUGCAACGCGCAAGAGGAGAGAAACGGGAGAGAUACCCGCGCAUCGGCCGAGGUGGUUUACUGCGGAAACGGAUGGGGAUGCAGGUGAUCGGGUUUGGACGCCGACAAGAAAUGCGGAUGGUGCUAUGGAGUACUGGGCGGAGCGAGAGGCGGUAUGGAAGGCGGGCGGUACUGCGAAGAAAGGCUGGACGGGCGUGGACCCGAUAUUUAUUCAAGAACCGGAUUUUAUGCGUUAG